AUGUAUGAGCUAGCAAAUCAGCUAGAAGUAGUCACUGAACAAAUCAUAUUUGAAGAUUUCAGGGACGAAGACGAUCGACGAUCAGGCCACUGCUCAAGAAGAUUUUGGGUCAGACCAGGUAGGAGUAGUCUCUGGUGGGAUAACUUCUUGUCUGGUGUUGUCAUUAGUGAAGAAUGGAAGGAGAAUUUUAGAAUGAGUAGAAAUAGCUUUCACCAACUGUGCGAUGAACUGAGAACCUAUAUUGAGAGACAAGACACUGUAAUGAGACCAUCAACUAGUGUUGAAAAACAAGUGGCUAUCACACUGUAUUACUUAUCAGAUGAGGGUAGAAUGAGGAAGACAGCUAAUUCCUUUGGAGUUUCUAGGUCAACAGUAUCAAUUAUUGUUCGACUAGUCACAUCAGCAAUUACUCAAUAUUUAGGCCCUAAGUAUAUUUCACUUCCAUUAACUGCAAAUGAUGUGAAGGAAAAAACAGUUGGUUUUUUUAAAGCAUUUGGUUUCCCUCAGUGCAUAGGCACAGUUGAUGGUACACAUAUUGAAAUUAAGGCACCAAGAAGAAACCCUACUGAUUACAUAAAUAGGAAGUCUAAAUUCAGUCUUAAUAUUCAAGCUUGUUGUGACUACAGAUAUCAGUUUAUUGACGUUGUAAUAAAAUGGCCAGGGAGUGUUCAUGAUGCUCGUGUCUUUGCAAACUCUAAGCUUAACAAUAUGCUAAGAGAUGAAACAAUACCAUCAUGCAAAGUUCAACUCGUGGAAAAUGAAGAUCCAAUUCCAAUUUUUAUUAUAGGUGACCCUGCUUAUCCUCUGAUGCCAUAUGUAAUGAAAGAAUAUACUGGUGGUGGAGCAACUGUACAUGAGCAAUACUUUGGAUACAAGCUGUGUAGUGCUCGCAAUGUAAUUGAAUGUAGCUUUGGAAGGCUGAAAGCAAGAUUUGCGUGUCUAAAGAGAGCCAUGGACACCAAUUUAGAGGAUCUACCGAGUGUUAUUUAUGCAUGCUUUGUAUUACACAAUUUUUGUGAGUCAAGAAAUGAAAAUGUUCAGGAUGAUUUGGUACGAAGCACUAUAGAGUAUGAAAGAGAAUUUCAACCUACAAUGGAGCCGGUAAGAAUGAUUGCUAAUAAAAGUGAAGCUGAAGGGAAAAAAUAAGGAAUAUACUUACUAAAUACUUUGAUCCAUAAAACUAUACAAUA